AUGAUAGCGAUCGAACCAAGAGGUGACGGACGGUUAGCGAUACAGCAACAGCUUGAGGAGUAUGAGUGUAUGCUUAGUAUGUUUCCCAAUGAGAAUGAGUUGAUUGUCGACGAGGCAGCUAAAGUAGCACUAGAAGAGUUUGUCCUUAACGGUGAUCAAACUGCUACGUUGCCACGGAUUCAAUACACUCUUUACUACAAGGAUCUACCCUUUGGUCGUGAGACGCCUGGUUUGACGCUCAUAUGUCCUCCUAGCUAUCCAGAAAUCAAGCCGAUGUUGUUUGAGGUGAAAUGCCCGCAGCUUUCGCGCAUGGAAAUGGAAACACUAAACUCGGAGUUGCAAGAAUUAGCUACUGCCGCUUGUGAAACUCAAGAAGUGGUGGGACUGCAAUUGUACCAGCAUAUGCACGAAUUCCUAUCUCAAGUGCAGAGCGUUGACGACGAGCGAGAUCGAGACGUCGUUGGUGUUGAUCCUGAGAACACUUCAACGCCGAUGGUGCUGGGCCGACGUGCCAUUUACUUUCAUCAUAUCAUUGCGCUCACGAAACGGCGCGUAGUAAAAGAAUGGGCUUUGGAACUGAAGCUUGGAGGCUUUUGUAAGAUUGGAUGGCCGGGUGUUAUCAUUGUCGAAGGCAUCGAAGACAACGUUCAGGAAUAUGUACGUCGACUGCAACAUUUGCGCUGGAAGCAAAUGACAGUGCGUGGAGAGCAAACAGAGCAAACGAAAGACGUCAAUUUGCGGUGGCUGCUUCCACAGGGUAUCCAGGAAUUCCCUGAGAAUGGCAUGUCGGACUUGGCAGCAACGUGUCGUGCUGUAGGACUAGAGGAACUUUUCCUCACCACCAUGAAAAUCUAUGGUCGAACGGAAAACAAGGGAGAGCGCUAG